AUGGGUGUUCCCGCUUUCUUUAGAUGGCUAUCGGAUAAAUUCCCAAAAGUGGUUACCACAGUUAUUGAAGAGCACCCCAAGAUUGUCAAUGGAAUUGCUUUGCCUGUAGACACUACCAAGCCUAACCCAAAUGGAGAGGAAUACGACAACUUGUAUCUGGAUAUGAAUGGUAUUAUUCAUCCCUGUUGUCAUCCUGAGAAUAAGCCUGCUCCUGCAACAGAAGAUGAUAUGAUGAUUGCGAUUUUUGAGUACAUGGAUCGCAUUGUAGACAUGGUUCGUCCCAGAAAGCUUCUUUACAUGGCUAUCGAUGGUGUUGCUCCUCGUGCCAAGAUGAAUCAGCAACGUUCCCGUCGUUUCCGUGCCUCGCAAUUGGCACAGAUUGAACAUGAAGCUGCUGACAGGGUAGCCAAAGAAUUGGCAGCUAUCGGUCAACAACAUCAAUUGCCCGAGAAGAAGGAGCACUUUGACUCCAACUGUAUUACACCUGGUACUCCUUUCAUGGCUCAUCUAGCCACCUGCUUGCGUUAUCAUAUUGCUGCCAAACAAAACUCAGAUCCACUCUGGAAAAAUUUGAAGGUCAUCUUAUCGGAUGCCACUGUUCCUGGUGAAGGCGAACACAAAGUCAUGGAGUUCAUCCGUGUUGAACGCUCUCGCCCCGAACACAAUCCCAACACAAAGCACGUCAUGUAUGGUUUAGAUGCAGAUUUGAUCAUGUUGGCUCUCGGCACCCAUGAGCCCCAUUUCAAAGUGUUGCGAGAAGAUGUGUUUGAAGACAAACGCACCAAGGGCGCCUGUUUCAAAUGCAAACAACAGGGCCAUGCAGCUCACCAAUGUCCCGUCAGUCCUGAAGCGCUGGAAGAGAUGAAGAAAGAAGCGGCCAAGAAUGCGCCGCCAAAGCCCUACGUGCUGCUCCACGUCAAUGUACUAAGAGAGUACCUGGAACAUGCGCUAAAGUUUAAUAUCCCUGGCAUCACUUGGGAUCUGGAAAGAGCGAUCGAUGACUGGGUGUUUAUGUGUUUCUUUGUUGGUAACGAUUUCUUGCCCCACUUACCGUCCUUGGAGAUCAGAGAAGGUGCCAUCAGUACACUCAGUUUGCUAUGGAAGAGCACAAUGCCUAUGAUGGGCGGAUUCAUGACCAACAAUGGCGAUGUGGAUUUGAAGCGAGUGCAAGUGCUUGUAACAGAAUUGGGCAAGAUGGAAGACACCAUUUUCUCUGAGAGAAAGCAGACAGAGGAGAGAAGAUCUCAAGGGGCCAAGAGAAGAAGAUUGGAGAAUGAUAGACGUGCGCGUGAAACCAAAAUGUUCAAUCCCAAUGGACCCAACUUUGGUGAUAUGACAGCUGCUCCUGUAUACAACCCCAGUGCUGGCAUGUCCAAUGCAGAUAUCGUCGCUAAUCGUGCUGAAAUUCGUCUGGCUAACAUCAAUGCUGCUGCUGCACUCAAAGCAGAACUAUCAGGCAACCCAAUUCCUGAACCCACAGCUGCUACUGAAGAGAUGCAGUCAAAGGGCACAAAGAGAAAAUUAGAAGACGAGGAUGAGGAGGAAAACGAAGAGGAUCAAAGCCUGGACGAUGACAAUGAUGUUGAAGAUGACGAGACCAUGGAGUCAGAAACCCCACUUUCUGAAGCUGAAGCUGAGGCACAAGGCAAAGCUAUCCUGAAACGAGUGCAAGUCGAAAAGAAGGAAAAGGAAGACGCUGCUCGUCAACGUGAGCCUGAUGAUGAAGUUCGUCUUUGGGAAGCUGGCUGGAAGGAAAGGUACUACAAGGCCAAAUUCAGUCUGACAUUGAUGGAUAGAGAUGAAAUCAGACACAUUGUGAAAUCAUAUUGUGAGGGUUUGAUUUGGGUAUUCAAAUACUAUUACGUUGGCUGCGUAUCUUGGUCAUGGUAUUACCCUUAUCAUUAUGCUCCUAUGGCUUCUGAUUUUACUAAUAUCGAUGAAUUUGAUAUUCAGUUUGAAAAGAGUGCACCGCUGAGGCCAUUUGAACAAUUGAUGGGUGUAUUGCCAGCAGCAAGUAAAUCACACAUUCCCAAGCCCUUCCACAGCUUAAUGACAGAGGGCGACUCUCCUAUCAUCGACUUUUAUCCCACUGAAUUCGAAGUCGACAUGGACGGCAAGAAAUGGGAGUGGCAAGGUGUUGUCAAAUUACCGUUCAUUGACACAGCUCGACUCUUGGAAGCCAUGGGAACAGUGUAUGAUCAACUCGACGAGGAAGAAACGAUCCGUAACUCUGAAGGACCAAGCGUCUUGUACGUCAGCGAGAACCACAAAGCCUACAACUCCAUCAGCACCGUCUAUACAAAACGAUCCACCAAUGAAAAGAUGAUUCUGGAUGCUCGACUGACAGAUGGGCUGACUGGUGAAAUUGACAAGGAUAGUGAAUGCAUUCCUCGCAGCACAUUGCGCACACCUCUUCCAGAUUUUGAUCUGCCUGAUAUUGCCAACGAUAAAUCCAUCAGUGUCACAUACUCGCUGCCUCGAUUCCCGGAAGGCUUCACCUUUUCAACACAACUUCUCAAGGGAUUAAAACUAGACAACACCCUGGGCUAUGAAGAUUUGCAGUUGGCAACAUUCGAAAAAAUUGAUACUCGUCAAAGAUAUCAGAGUAACCGUGGUUGGACAGCUCAAGUAAACCAUAUGGAAGACUAUCGUGAAUAUAAUAAUCAGCGAGGUAGAAAUAGAGGUGGACGUGGUGGCUAUCAACCACAAGGUUAUGGUGGUGGUUAUAAUCAUGGCUACGAUGACGGCUCCAGAUUCCCUGGCACCCAAUCCUACAGUGGUGGUGGCUAUCAACAACGAGGCUACAAUAGCAACACUGGUUACCAACAGCAACAAGGCUAUGGCAACAGCAGUGGUUACUAUGGCAACCAACAGCAGGGCAGAUACAACCAACAACAAGCAUACUACCAAAAUAACAAUGGUGGUGGCUAUGGCCAACAACAACAAGGUUACGGUGGCAACGGUUAUCAUCGUGGCAGCAAUAAUCAAUAUGGCGGAAACCGUGGCCGUGGUGGUUAUCAACAGCAAGGCUAUGGCGGAAAUCGUGGAGGUGGUUAUGGAAACAAUAGAGGCCGAGGAGGAGGCGGUGGCUAUUAUUAA